CUUUGGAAUGCGCACGGUGUGUACAUGAGAGAAAUAACCACACCUGGCAACGCAUCCAGAAACAGUGGAUUACAUUGGGGAUUGAAUUUCGGCAGUUUGUUGUUCGGUGGAAUACUGUUGUUGUUGAUCUUUCGUGGCACUGGUCAAUCGCAAGUGAUGUCAAUGGAAGUUAUAACGUAUAUCUUCGAAGGUCUCUCCGUAUUCACGAUUCUCUCGAAUGUUCUCUUCUUCCUUCUUCCCGAUUUCUCGGAACGAAGCGCAGCUAGUAAAGCCAGCUUCCGCAAAACAAUCGGUCGAAUCUUUAUGUUACUUCGUGAUCGUCGAAUGCUGCUACUAUCGGCAAUAUUCAUGUAUAAUGGGUUCGUACUCUCCUUCUACAUCUCCAUCUAUCCGUCUUGUUUAUCGUUCUCGAAAUCAUUGGUUGGUGCUGGCAAUGAGAUAAUCGCCUACUUCGCUUUAGUCACUUCAUUCGGGCAGAUCGCCGGUAACUUUUCCGUCUCACAACUUAUGCGACUGACACUUAAGACUAGCCGGAAUUUCAAAAAAAAUUAUUACUUUACGAUUGAACAGUGA